GAGGCCUUCCGUCAUCGAGAUGCGACCGGAUGGCUGUGUCGCCUAGUGCCUGUCGCAGUCCAGAGGUUCCGUCACCAGACGAAAUGGCGGAGGCUGCGGUGGUGGCGUGGGUUCGCGGCCCCGGCACCGUGUGGAAGGCGCUGCCGAGUGUCUCGGUUGGGUGCUCCGUGCGCGAUGUGAUCUACCGACACUGCCAGGAACAGGAAGUUCCUGUGGAAUGCUUCUUUGUGAAGUGCAAUGGAGUCCUCGUUGAUGCCGGUGAUGAGGUGCAGCAUGGAGCCGUGUACAGUUUGGAGCCCAGGCUUCGUGGGGGGAAAGGAGGUUUUGGGUCUAUGCUUCGAGCACUUGGUGCACAGAUAGAGAAGACAACCAAUAGAGAAGCCUGCCGGGAUCUCAGUGGGAGGAGAUUACGAGAUGUCAAUCAUGAGAAAGCGAUGGCUGAGUGGGUAAAACAGCAAGCCGAGCGAGAGGCUGAAAAGGAGCAAAGGCGCCUGGAGAGGCUGCAGCGAAAGCUUGCCGAGCCUGCGCACUGCUUCACCAGCCCCGACUACCAGAGGCAGUGCCAUGAAAUGGCUGAGCGUCUGGAGGACUCAGUCCUCAAAGGUAUGCAGGCUGCAUCCAGCAAGAUGGUAUCAGCAGAAAUCACUGAGACUCGGAAACGGCCUAACAAGUCAAAAACGGACCAGGAAACUAGUGCAAAGAAAAGGAAAUGCUUUUGGUUGGGCAUGGAUGGGCUGGAGGCUGCCGAGGGGUUCAGUACUGGAAGCUCAGAGGACAGCUCAGAGGAUGACAGUGAGGAUGCUCCUGGGACUUUGGAGCAGAGCUGCCGUGCUCGGGAAAAUGGCAGUGAUGCUGUAGAGGUGGCAGCCGACCGACCUGGCAGUUCUCAGAGCUCGGCCUCUGGUACACACUCCGAGUCACCUGAAAAACUUCAGCACCUCAUGACCGAGCCUGGGCAGGGCAUUUUGGAGAACGCAGGAACUGAGCCAGGAGAGACCUCUGACAAGGAGUACAACGAGAGGAAGACAGACACAGAGGAGACGCCAGCAAGGAAGGAAACAGAGAGUCCUGAGCCCACAGAAAAGGACCAAAAGACAGGAAUGUCUGGUGGGGACAGAGCUGCCGUGGCUUUGUCUGGAGAAGACAGGAAAAGUGUCCCUGCUGCUAAAAACAACUCAGGAGACACAGCUCUUGGUCUGGAAGCGGUGGAUCUGUCAGCAUUCAGCUCUGCAGCCGAGUUGGAGUCGCUGGGUUUGGAGAGGCUCAAGUGUGAACUGAUGGCCCUUGGACUGAAGUGUGGGGGGACCCUGCAAGAGCGCGCAGCCAGGCUCUUCUCUGUCAGAGGCCUCGCAAAGGAGCUCAUUGACCCAGCUUUAUUUGCCAAGCCUUCCAAGGGGAAGAAGAAGUGAAUUUCCUUGGCACACUUCCUCCGCUGUGACAGACUUGUGGCCCGUGUUCCUUUUGAUACUAAAAGCCAAUUUUUUAAUAAUUUGGAUCUAACUAGUCUCUUUUCAAACUAGUCUCUCUUCAGUGGUACCUGGGCUUGAGGUUUUCAUUGGAGGAGAAAACUUUUGUAUGUUAUUUUUCUGUUUUUGAUGUUUUUGUAAGAGACUUCCUCUGUAGCCCAGACUGACCAAGAACUGUGUGGUUCACUUUGGUCUCAAACUUGCAGUGAUCCUCCUGUCUCGCAUGAGCUGCUGUGCCUGCUUUGUCAGAGGUUUAUACAUUUCUUUGGCUUUAUAUACUGUGUCACUUGAGUAAGAUAUUUUCAAAAAAUUUAUUUGUGUAACCCAAAGCAGUCAGGUUUGUAGACACAGAUAUUCAUAACAUUCAUUUUAAAAACUUGUUUCUCUUUCUAGGAGAGAGAGAAUGAGAAUAUGAAUGUGUGUGUGUGUGUGUGUGUGUGUGUGUGUGUGUGUGUGAGACCAGGGAUGGAGCCUAGCUGCUUCCAGGCCUCUCACUGGGGAUUUUUAUUCUAGCUAGGGACCUGUUUUGUUUGGUUUUCAAAGAAUCAGUUUUUUUGUCUUUGUGGAUUUUUCUCAGUUGUUGAUCUCAUUGGCGUUUGAAUUGUAUUUCUCCUACAUACCUUGUGUUUAUCAUUUUUCUUUAGCUCCUUAAUUCUUUGAUCACUGAUUAUAGAUUUUAUUUUUUUUAUUAUUAUUAUUCUUAGUGUAUUGCCCAAUUAGCAAAUGUCUGUAUUUUCUGUAAAUGUUUUAUUGAUAGUGACUAUCUGACUAUUCAGGACAGAAGGUACCUGGCAUCCUUUUUGUGACUGACCCAGGAUGGGGUCUGACAUGAUCUGUGUCGUGUGUGUUGGAAAGAACGUACCCUCAGUCGGCAGCAGGGUGGGUGCUGGACACCUAUCAUGUGAGGGGUUGGUCGGAUCGGUCAGAUGACCUGCCUUCGCUGGUUUAUUUUCAUGAGGAACUAAGAGCAAACUCAAAUCUCAAUUAGGAUUGUGGCAAUUGCCUUUUUUGAGAUUAAAAAAAACUUCAUCAGCGUUUGCUAAGUUAUCAGUUAUAUAUUAAUUCAGUGACUUUAUAUGCCUGGCUCUGGGCUGGAGAGACUGCUCAGUUCUACGAGCACUGACUGCUCUUCCGAAGGUCCUGAAGGUCCUGAGUUCA